UGCUAAUGUCAAAUGCAUUUGUCGUUUUGUCAAUGGUUUUCUUAUAACCUAAAAAUGAUUUUAUAGUUUGCGUUUAUUUUGAUUUCCCAAAAAUCCAAUAAAAUGAGCUUAAUUAUUAAACAUUGUCGAUCGAAUGGCAUAACAUCGAGCUUUAAUUUAAGGAUUUGGCGAUUAAACUCGACUAGCAUGGAUGUAGCGGCCAAAAAAGGGGAGGAAGAGGAGGAAUUCCGUGUUCUUGAUAUUUUGAAGAAACGAGAUAAAGUGCAGAAGAAAGUCGCGAGAAGAAACGAUGUCCAGCCCGAUAGAGCGGAUAGGAUGGCCGUUGAUCAAAAUUGGGGUAACGUAUGGCCAGGACCAAAGACUUUCCACCCAUCAUCGGUGCCUUUACCCAUACGGCAAGGUUACGUACCAAAAGGGCAGGCACCACCGGGCAAGAAGGCCAAUGCUGAGUUGAUGAAGAUACCGAACUUCCUACACCUUACACCACCAGUAGUCAAAGCUCAAUGCGAAGCUAUAAAGCAGUACUGCACAGAAUGGCCAAAAUUAUUAAACUCUGAAGAGGCAAUUGAGAAACAUUAUCCUGUAGAAGUUAUAACAUCUGAUUAUUGUCAUGCCAGUCCGUCAAUAAGGAACCCUUUAGCGAGAAUAGUUACGUUACGUGUAAAACUGGCUACUCUAAAUUUAGAUAAGCAUGCCAGAGAUAAGUUUUUAAGGUUAGUUGGUGAUCGGUACGAUGAGAAAACAGAUCUGGUAACCAUAACAGCUGAUAGGUGUCCGGCGAGGAAACAGAACUUGGAUUAUGUAGAUUACUUACUGACUGCCUGCUACCAUGAAUCGUUGAAUGUUGAGGAAUGGGAAAAAGAUAAGACGGAAGAUGACAUGGAAUAUUACGAUUGGGAUAAGAAUGCUUCGAAGAAGAGCUUAGUACAAUGGUAUUUGAGGAUGAAAAAUGAAAAUGUUGAUUUAAAAGACGAACAAUUUAUCGAGUAUGAUAUAUCUCAGAUACCGAAUGCGGAGUCGUAUAAAAAUGCUGUGUCCAGUUUGAUGAAUGAUGGUGAAAAUGAGAGUACUGUGAAUAAUUACGCUAAAGAAGUGAGAGCGCUUCUUGGUUUGCCAGAGAAGUUGGUUGUAUAGUUAGUUUUAUGUGUAAUAAAUUUUAGUUAAGUAUUUAAUCUUGUGUUUUAUUUAAUGUGCUCUGUACACUGAUUAAAAAAGAAAUCGCUUCCCGCUUUCUGUACGCUGAGAUCUCUUAAUCUUCUUAAUGCGGUUUUAAUAUUACAAAAAGAGAAGAUACUGAUUGCUUUUUGUUUGCUCCGAAUUAAGUACGGGACCGAUUUUAAGAAUUCUCUCGCCUACGGUAAGUUACAUUAAAGGCCAGUUAUAUAAGCUAUAAUUUACGCGGGAAAAUAGUACAUAAUAAUAAUAAUAAGCCGUUAUUCA